AUGAAUAUCAAAAACUAAAACCUGCCUCUAUCAAAAGAAAUUCAGUAAGAACUCUACGGUAGUAUCUGCCCUGCUGUUGCUAAAGAUGAUCUCGAUGAUUAGGCUCGAGAUACACUACUCAGAGCUUAAUCUGCAAGAAGUUUUACCUUGACUAGACCAUCAUCUCAUUACAGAGCAAGAGCUUCUGAAUCGAAGGUUACGAUAAGGUUUGUUAGACCAAGGACUGGUAGACCUAGUACUUCCAUCAACCCUAUUAAAAAUUCUCUAAAAGAUAGAUCAGUUGAUCAUGUCAAGUAAAACCAAGCUAAAUACAGAAGUACUGCAACUGAUAACUAGCCAAUAUUCCCUUUUGGAUUGUCCUAGUUAAAUACCAAGCCUAAAAUGGAGGUUAAUUUUUCUAAACUGCAUAAGAAUUUAUAUGAAACUCAUGCUCAAGAAGUAACUCAGAGCAAUUCCAACACUAAAAUUAAAGAAAGAUCAGAGAAGCUAGGAGUAUCUUUUUCGAUUGGGGAUUUAAAGAAAAUAAUGAAGAGAGAUUUAAAUGCAUUAUCUAAAAGUGCCUCAACUCAGGAAAUGCGUGAUAUUAUUAGAGAAGUAAAUAAGCCUAAUAGAUCCAAAUCGAGAAAACCAAGAAUGGCAGAAAUCUUGGGUGAUAUAGUAAAAACUUAGAUGCCUAAGAGAAAAAAAUCCAAAUUGAUGUUCAAAUUCAAAGAAAUCUAGAAUUAUGGCUAAUAUGAUGAAAAUGAUCCAGACUUGGCGGUAAUAAACCAGAUCAUAAGUCCUUCGCAUUAGAGAAGAAACAGCAUAAUGAACUCCUUGAUUAUAAAUGGAAAACCAUAGAAUAUCAGAGUAGAUGAUGCAAACUAACUAAAACUUAAAGCAGCAAAAGAUAUUGCCAAUACUUAAAAUUAAGCAUAAUUUACUAGUAAUACUAUUAGUGAGCAAGGAGUUUAGACCAAUGAUUAUAAUGUUUAAAGUAAUUAUGAAGAUAUAGGAACAAAUACUAAUAACUUCUAAUCAUUAUAGCAGCAAACAGUUUUCAGUCCCAAAGCAACAGUUGUCAAGCUAGUUAGUGGCAAUAGUAAUCAAAUCAACAUAGUAUCAAACUAUUUCGCCAAAGGAAGAAAUAUCCCUAACAGUUAAAUAAAGUACCAUUAAAAUAAGAAACAUAAUCAUAAGCAUAGUCCAAACUAGUUCGAGUCAGAGUACACUGCAAUGCAAUAAAAAACUCUUGAGAAAUCUAAAAGUGUCAAAUUGCUACUAUCUUAGCAAAAAUUGAUUCCUCUCAAUAACUAAUAAUAAAGACAUAACUAGUUGUGUCAAUUAGAAUAGAAAUCUCCAAAUCAGAUAUAGGGUUCAGAGAAAUACAGUUAGUAUCAGACCAAAGAGUUAUCAAUAGCUGCAAGAAAUUCCUCUGCUAAUUAGCAUAGUCCCAUUCAAAGUAGAAAUCAUUUGAACCCUUUAAACACUGAUAAUCAGCUAAGUGGUACUAUUAGCCCCAUUAGAGAUAUAAUUUCAAUUCACUAAGCUUAGACAUUUGAAAGCAGCAUCAUCAAGUCAGACAUUCAACUUUCACCCAACAAUCAGCAAUAUUUGGUAAAAUAUCAAGAUCAUGAAAACAUUCAAGCAUAUCAAUAGUAUCUAGUUACUUUUCAAUCAUAGAUAACUCAUUAUAAUGGCAAUAUCAAUGUAGUAGAUCAAGAUGAUGGAAAUCCAAAGCCAAUAGUCUAUGAAUAUCCAAUUAAUCUAACUGAGCGGCAAUAGUUACAAAGUGCAAGAGAGACCUAUAGAGUAGCUCAUGGGACUCAUAGAAAUUCGUAUCAAGCAGACAGCUUUCCACAAUAGAAGAGGAAAAGACCAAUAUCAGCUUAUCUGAAUGCUAAAUCUUUAAUAGUCAGAGCUCAAUCUAGUAGUAGAAAUUAAGAAUCGAAUAUGCAAACAGAAAAUAACAGAUAUAAUCAAGAUACUAUGGCUUCCUCAAUUGGAUAGAAAAUUUAUCAGUCUCAUGAAUACUAAAGACCGUAGAAGAUGAAAAUCCUAAUGAAAAAUAAAUUUAUUCAGCAGUAGAUUAACAAUGUAGCAGGGAAAGUUCUUUAGAAAUCUAGUUUGGGAUAGAGUUUUAUAGACGGAAAGUCAGUUAAUGAGUAAACUGAGAAGCAAAGAGUUUUGAGCGAGUAUUUGCAGCGAGUGGCUAAGCUUGGCAAAGAAUAUGAUAAGAACUUCAAAAGAAAGCCAGUCUAUAAAGUCCUCAAAGACUAUUAGUCGAGAACACAUAGAGGUGCUAGUGGCACAUAUGAAUCCGAUAGAUUGUCAUUUAAUGAAGAUGUCUGA